GGGCCGGCCGGCCGGCCACCAUGGUGGCCCUGAGGCCUGUGCGCCUCCUCCAGGGAGGCUAAAAGGUCCCGAGCGCAGGCCUCGGGGCGCGAGGGUCCUGCGCCUGAGCCCCGCGCCAUGGCCGGGGCCAUCGCUUCCCGAAUGAGCUUCAGCUCGCUCAAGAGGAAGCAGCCUAAGACAUUCACCGUGCGGAUCGUCACUAUGGACGCGGAGAUGGAGUUCAAUUGCGAGAUGAAGUGGAAGGGGAAGGACCUGUUUGACUUGGUAUGCCGGACCCUGGGGCUUCGCGAAACCUGGUUCUUUGGCCUCCAGUACACAAUCAAGGACACGGUGGCCUGGCUCAAGAUGGACAAGAAGGUGCUGGAUCAUGACGUCUCAAAGGAAGAGCCGGUCACCUUUCACUUCCUGGCCAAAUUUUAUCCCGAGAAUGCCGAGGAAGAGCUGGUUCAGGAGAUCACGCAGCACUUAUUCUUCCUGCAGGUAAAGAAGCAGAUCUUGGAUGAAAAGAUCUACUGCCCUCCUGAGGCAUCUGUGCUCCUGGCUUCUUAUGCCGUCCAGGCCAAGUACGGCGACUACGACCCCUCUGUUCACAAGCGGGGAUUUCUGGCCCAAGAGGAGUUGCUUCCAAAAAGGGUGAUAAAUCUAUAUCAGAUGACUCCGGAAAUGUGGGAGGAGAGGAUCACAGCCUGGUACGCGGAGCACCGAGGCCGGGCCAGGGACGAAGCGGAGAUGGAGUAUUUAAAGAUAGCUCAGGACCUGGAGAUGUACGGUGUGAACUACUUCACAAUCCGGAAUAAAAAGGGCACAGAGCUGCUGCUUGGAGUGGAUGCUUUGGGGCUUCACAUUUAUGACCCUGAGAACAGGCUGACCCCCAAGAUCUCCUUCCCGUGGAACGAAAUCCGGAACAUCUCCUAUAGCGACAAGGAGUUUACCAUUAAGCCUUUGGAUAAGAAAAUCGAUGUCUUCAAAUUUAACUCCUCAAAGCUUCGUGUCAAUAAGUUGAUUCUCCAGCUGUGUAUUGGGAAUCACGACCUGUUUAUGAGGAGAAGGAAGGCCGAUUCUUUGGAAGUCCAGCAGAUGAAAGCCCAGGCCAGAGAGGAGAAGGCCAGAAAGCAGAUGGAGCGGCAGCGCCUCGCGCGGGAGAAGCAGAUGCGGGAGGAGGCUGAACGCACGCGGGAUGAGCUGGAGAGGCGGCUGCUGCAGAUGAAGGAAGAGGCAACGAUGGCCAACGAAGCCCUGAUGCGGUCCGAGGAGACGGCCGACCUGUUGGCCGAAAAGGCCCAGAUCACGGAGGAGGAGGCGAAGCUCCUGGCCCAGAAGGCGGCAGAGGCCGAGCAGGAGAUGCAGCGCGUCAAGGCCACGGCCAUCCGGACAGAGGAGGAGAAGCGCCUGAUGGAGCAGAAGGUGCUGGAGGCCGAGGUGCUGGCGCUGAAGAUGGCCGAGGAGUCGGAGAGGAGGGCCAAGGAGGCCGAUCAGCUGAAGCAGGACCUGCAGGAAGCUCGCGAGGCAGAGCGAAGAGCCAAGCAGAAGCUGCUGGAAAUCACCACCAAGCCCACAUACCCGCCCAUGAACCCACUCCCAGCACCGCUGCCUCCCGACAUGGCAAGCUUCAACCUCAUCGGCGACAGCCUGUCUUUUGACUUCAAGGACACCGACAUGAAGCGCCUUUCAAUGGAGAUAGAGAAAGAGAAAGUGGAGUACAUGGAGAAGAGCAAGCACCUGCAGGAGCAGCUCAACGAGCUCAAGACCGAGAUCGAGGCCCUGAGACUCAAAGAGCGGGAGACGGCCUUGGACAUGCUGCACAACGAGAAUGCCGACCGGGGCGGCGGCGGCAGCAAACAGAACACCAUCAAAAAGCUCACCCUGCAGAGCGCCAAGUCCCGAGUGGCCUUCUUUGAAGAGCUCUAGCAGGUGACCCGGCCACCUCAGGAUCAGCUGCUUCUGCACGCCCGCCCGCGGCACCGACGGGAUGGGCCCGACACCGCGGGAGCCGUCCGAAGGUGGGCCGAGCGGAGAGCCCAGCCCUUUCAUGUGCAAUUGCCUUGAACUAUGAUCCUGCAGAGGGUUCUCUCGUGGGGUUCUAGUUCUCCUGACCUGAGUCUUUAGGUUUUUUAAAAAAGUAUUUGUCUCUCCUCGUCUGAUGUGGGAUCCUAUGCUUCCUUCGUCCAAAGCACCCUGGAGUGUGUGUCUUACUGGCCCCCGCUCCCCUGCCCCGGCUGACCUCCCUGGACCCCCUGCUGGGAAGUAGCUUCAGGGAGGGGAGUACACAAGCCCCCUGGAGACCCAGAGGCUGGUGCCAUCCCCCAGCCCUGCCCCCAGGGUUCCAGAACGUUCCUCUCCUUCCCUGGUGAGGAGCUGGUGUGGGAACAAGGUGGCCCAGAGUGGCCCACCUGCUCCACGUCAUCGGAGAGCUCGGCCACGACGAGCCAGGAGGAGAUGGGCGCUCGGCAGGCACCCCUGGGGGGCAGCGCUCUGGCCACCCGUGGUGGGGAGUGGGAACACAGCUGCGCCCGGGGAAAACCCGGCCUAAGCUGUGGUGAAGGGCUGGCUGCCGGCAGAGGGCCUGGGAGGCCAGCCAAGCCUGCACCUGGAACUUGUAGCCUACGAAACACUCACUGCCUCUCUCUGCCCGCUCAGACCCAGGCCUGAGAGGCAGGCAUAGGCGGGGUGGGCCUCUCCAGCUGGAGGCUCUCCUGCAUGUGCGGGGGCGUGAGGGGGUUCCCCAUCACUCUAGUCAGCCCAGCCACGACCCAGGUCUCUGCAGGGCUCUUGAGGCCCCGCAGGGAUGUCUCACUGGCCCCAACACCCAGCGCCACUGACAUGGCCACGGUCCGUCUUGCCAAUCUGAACCAUCCUUCCUCCUGGCCACGCGCUGGCACAGCCCCCCGCCCGUGACGGUGCCUGGGCCUCCUUUCCUGCGGCCCUUUUCUCCCAAGAGCCUUCACUUUACAUUCUCCCUGGGCCGUGGAGGGGAGGGGUGCAGGUGACCCCGGGGCUGGGUGGGGGCGGGGAGGCAUAGUCAGUGCUCGGCAGCUGCUGGCACAUGACCCCCACCCACUCCCCUGCACACCCCAAGGCCUACACUCGCUCCUUGGUUUGGGGCCACUCUCCCGCCCCUCCUUAACGGCCUGCUGGGCCCACCAGCCUGUUUACAUCCUUCCCACGGGGCUCUUGUGCAGAGCGGCAGGAGGGAACGCUUGUCCAGUGAGAAGAGGCUUCCUACUCCAAGACGUGUGAGGGCCAGGAGAUUUCCCGGGGCAGAAGUGCUCUCCAGCCAUCCUAGGUGGUUUUGAGAGACUGAGACGCUCACAGAGAUCCCGCCAGAUUCCACGGUCAAGCUGCCCUAGGGGUUGUCCUGGGCAGUCCGCCAGCGCCUCGGGCCGCCCUGCCCACAGGAAGCCAGCCCCUUGGGACGUGCGGGGUGGGACUCUGAACACUAAGCAUGAACGGCUGUGGCCGGGAGGUUCCCCUCCGUCUCCCCUGUCCCUCCAAGGCCUCUUACCCUGAGACAAGGCUCCCGGUGGGGAUCCUCUACCGUCUGCCCGGCUGUCUCCUCAGGCUCACCACCCAUCCAUCCCUGACCUGUAGAUUUAGUCUGUAACAGCGGCUGUGGGCACAGAGCAUGGUGGUCAUUUAUAAAAACCUUGUCGGACUUUGUGAGUUUUUUUUUUUAAUUGUUAUUAUUAUUAUUUAAUUGCUGCUUGUCUGUCUGAAGUCUGUGGCCACAGGGGAGCGGGGUGGCGUCUGAGCUGUUUAGGGGAGCUGCCUCGGGCUGGGAGGGGGGAGUGGGCCGGCUGGAACACUGCGGUUUUCCUCGGGGACGAGAGCAGGCAGGUACCUCCCGGAGAUGGACAGGCGGAGACGACGGGGCCCUCCGAAGGGUCCUGAGCCCGAGUGGAAGAAGGACUCUAACAGAGGAGCUCCGUGCUCAGGGCGCGCGCCCACUGCAGAGGCGACGUGUGAUGUGUGAGUGGACGAGCUGAGGGCUUGUCCAGUUAAGGAAGCCCCUGACCUCCACGAGAGCAGGGCCCUGCUGGGAUCGUUGGGUUAGAAGCGCCCCUGACGGGCGCUGGGCGGAAGCACCGGGCCAGUGACCCUCGGCGAGGCUGCACCGGCGGCCCUUGGCGGGUGCACGCACACCACCUCGCUGACGUGCUCGCCGCCCCUCCUGGGCCCCGGGGGCUCUGCCGUCUGCUGUCCCUGUUGGGCGGCCCCCGCGGCCUUACAUAACACUUCCUGAGUGACUGCCUUCUGAGUCCUGGGGACAGGCUUCUCUCUCUCCCUCUCUUUCCUCUUUAGAAUCCAAACAGCACAUCCUGAGGCUGACAACCGGCGACAGCGCUGUCGCCCGCUGACAGGGCUGAGACCCGGCGGCCCCCGGAGGGGGCGGCCUUGGUGGGGGGACGCCCGCUGCCCCAGGGCCAGGCCCGCCCCUCUGGGCUUCCAGGGAAGCUCCAUCGGUUUUCAAAGACAUCAAACCACCCUCCCCCCUCCCGUGGGGCCUCCUGUCAGGGCCGGACCAGGGAAGGCUAUUUGCUAUUCUGGCGGACUGUUGUAAUUUAAAUGAUUGUUUUAAUAAAAAUUCUCAACUGUAAAAA